AUGUCUCUCAGACAAACACCUCAACGCAAUGCAAAGGCACAGUGGCUUUGCUGUCAUCUAUUCUCAUAAACUCCAAACUCUCCAAAUUCAAACUAGUUCAAACUAGGAAUGAAUUAUCAAGGUAAGUUCUAAGAGAAUCAUAAAGGAACCCUAACCUCCUUUCUAUCCAUACGACUAUACUCUUACUAAAACAGCACAUACUACAAAGAAAUGUUCAGUACUUUGCUUUGCGUGUUUUGUCAUGUUCUAAACUGAGUGAUGUCCUUUGUAAUUUUCCUAAUUAUCGCAAAUUAUUGAAAGGCUACAAUAUUCUAAGGCACACAUUGUGCUGUGUAUCCACUGUAUUGUGUUACACUUCUUGUUUUUGUUUUUUUUUCCUGUAGUUUUACAUUUUGCUGACCACAAGUCACUAAUGCUGGGUUUAAACACAGCCCAGACUACUACUAGGUGCACUGCGAAAGACUGUCAAAAGCCCACAUCAAGUUGUUGCCUUCCCACACUUUUGAGCUCACAGCCGACAGCAUAAGUUGCUGUUCGGAAAACCUGUUUGCUGUGUCUUACAGGAAAAUAGGAAGUUAAGCAGAUCAAAGACUAUGGGAUGCAGUAAUGACUGAAAGAAGAAUUUACCCAGCUUUGCCCAGUAUGUAAGUUAUAAAGGGAAAAUCCAUCUAGAGGGAUGUAUUGGGACGUAAGAGGAAACCAGAGACCCUGGAGGAUACACAUGUGAACACAUGGGGAACACACAACUCCACCGAGACAGUAACCUGAGUUCAGGAUCGAACCUCCGAUAUGACAUAUCAUCCCUGUUUAUUACUGUAGGUUUUCUAUCUAUUCAUUUGAAUCCAAAUGAAUGCCCCUUAGCCAACAAUGCAAAACAAAGAGAGGGUGUAAAGGCACUGUGACUAGAAUUCUGUUUACUACUUCUCAAAACUAGAACCACAUAACACACACAUUUUCCAAACUCGUCUAUAUUCAGACUGAUCAAACUGGUCAACUGGGAGCGAAUCAUUGAGAGAUUACUUCAAAGAAAAGUUACAGUAUAUUAAGGAACGCACUGUCCCUGUGUAUCUGAAAUACUCACACAACAGGCAUUGAAAAUGGAGCUCACCUUCAGUCGAAGUGCAAAUUUUUCUUAUGAUGUGGACCGAUGGAGCCAAAAUAAUUACACCGAUGUCACCUUCUCAAACAACUCUGCAGUUUCUGUAAAUCUGAAUAAGGCUGCUAACUGGGUUAGCAUUUUUGUCCUUUGUGACACUAUGGUUUCACUCGGCUGUACAAUGGAGGUCUCCAAGAUAAAGGCCCACAUUGUGAAGCCCAAAGGGGUGGUGAUCGCCAUAGUGGCUCAGUUUGGGGUGAUGCCCCUCACGGCCUUCUCUCUGGCUAAACUGUUCCAGCUCGGUACCAGUCAGGCCAUGGCAGUGCUGGUUUGUGGCUGCUCUCCAGGAGGAGUGCUUUCCAAUGUCCUGUCCUUUGCCUUCAAGGGGGACAUGAAUCUCAGCAUUGUGAUGACGACUUGCUCUACACUGGCAGCACUGGGAAUGAUGCCUCUCCAGCUCUUCAUUUACUGCCACGGCUUCUCCGACCUGAGUGCUGUCCCCUACGGUAGCAUCAUCAUGGCCUUGUUCUUGACUUUGCUGCCCUGUGCCAUUGGAAUCUAUAUUAAUUAUCGAAUACCACAGUACUCCAAACUUGUCACCAGGGUUGGGCUGAGUUUAAUGCUGGUCAGUUUGAUCGUCUUUGCUGUUCUGGUUGGGAUUUUACUAGGCGAAGCUAUCCUGAUAGUUGCAGCACCUCGACUCGUGGCAACAGCUGCACUGAUGCCACUUAUCGGAUAUUCACUCGGCUAUGCACUGUCACUCUUCUUCAUGUUUCAUGGACCGUGUAGGAGGACUGUUGCUAUAGAGACUGGUUGCCAGAACGUCCCUCUCUGCUAUACGAUCCUAAAAGUAGCCUUUCAGCCAGAGUUCAUCGGUCCGUAUUUCCUUUUCCCUUUUCUGUACUUUUUCUUCCAAAUUCCUGAGGCACUGGUUUUGAUCAUCCUCUUCCGAUGCCACACCAGGCAGAAAUCUUCAGAUGAACCAGCAGUGAAUCAUCAGGACUUCUGAGUAUUUUGGAGAAAACCAGGGACGAAUACUAAUAACUAUACUAUAAGAAUAAAGUCAGAACUGAGGAAAUUGAGGUUGGUGCAUGGAAGUGUACAUUUUCAAUGACAGUGCUAUUGUUUUGGACAAAAGUUGUUAAGCUUAUCUUGCUUUUCCAGGGCUAAGCCUUUACUAAUGGGGUCUGGGGGCAUGCUUUGCCAAGAGAAAUCUUUAUAUUUAAAAUGAAUAACAAUAGACAUAAAUCAGUGCAUUUCUGCUGAAUUUUUUAACCUGAUAAACGUCCUCAUUCCAGUGGUUCUCACUCCUUUUGUAUGGGAAGCGGAACUCUCCGGAAGCAUGAUGAAACUGCACUACUGUGCAAUACAUUUUAGCAACUUCACUUACACAUUUGAUGAAAUAAGGCAGAGAACUUUACAAACGAUUAAUGGUACGACCAAUGUUCUCCAAAGUAAGGGAACACUUUACAAUACGCUCCUCAAAGGAGGACAUUAGCUACGAAUGUGCAAAAAACGUGACCUCACGUGGAACGAAGCACAACAGUGAUGGAGAGAGCGCAAGAAUAGCCUAUAAUUAUAAAUAAUAAAACAAGGUAAAUAAAUAAACACAGUUAAACUGAGUAAGAAACAGUAAGAAACCGCUGUUGAGUUGUCCUACCUUAUGUAUCUCACAUUUAUGGCCGUAUUUUCUUGUAUUUAAUUUUAAUCAAUUCAUAUUGUAUUAAUAGUUAUAGUGUGUGGACAUUUCUUGAGUUCCUUUAGUUCUUGCCUGUAAUUAGUUCCCAUUUACUUGUUGUUUGAUGCACGUGUUAUCGCACCCCGUCAUA